AUGGCAGAAACGACUCCUGAUGCUUCUGAGAAACUGGUCGUCAUCCAUUCCAAAGCUCAUAAAGAUACCAUUCUAGCUAAUUUUGAAGAACAAAGGAAAAAGGAUUUUCUUUGUGACAUUACACUAAUAGUGGAGAAUGUGCAGUUCAGAGCCCACAAAGCUUUGCUUGCUGCCAGCAGCGAAUAUUUCUCAAUGAUGUUUGUAGAUGAGGGUGAAGUAGGACAGUCAAUUUACAUGCUGGAAGGAAUGGUUGCAGACACCUUUGGAGCGCUGCUAGAAUUUAUCUACACUGGUUGCCUCCGUGCCAGUGAGAAAAGCACAGAGCAAAUUCUGGCUACUGCACAGCUGCUCAAAGUGACUGAUUUGGUAUGGGCCUGUACAGACUAUCAGGCCGGCUGUAGCCCAGGUAACAUGUUACCAGCUCCGGCUAACAGUGGAGCCUCUGUAACCGUUGCGGCAGGCGACAAGAAAAAUGAAGAUCCACCGAAGCGAAAACGAGGGCGACCAAGGAAAGUCAAGAAUGUCCAAGAAGAAAAGUCAGGAGCAAGUUACGCCGAAGACGUGCAGCUGAGAGAGAACAACUCCAUGCAAAAUCAGCAAAAUUCUGUGAAAAAAGACACGGCAACAGAAGAAGCAGUUGCCGGUGAUCAGGCUACAGAGGGGAAGGAUGCAGAAGAUGAACCUGCUUGUGGCUCAGAAGCAGCUGUCGAUCUGUCUGCUGAGAAAGAUGAGAAUUAUGAUCCCAAAUCUGAAGAAAUACAGAGCACUCAGAGCCAUUACAGCAAACGUAAGAUAAGGAGAUCAAUCAAACUAAAAGAUUAUAAACUUCUCGGUGAUGAGGAUGAAAAAGGGCUGGCGAAGAGAACUGAUGGAAAAAGAAAACGUGCGGGUUCUGAAGCUCGCUGUAAAGACUGUGGCAAAGUAUUUAAAUAUAAUCACUUCUUAGCGAUUCAUCAGCGAAGUCAUACAGGGGAGCGCCCUUUUAAGUGCAGUGAGUGUGGCAAAGGCUUUUCCCAGAAGCACUCUCUUCAAGUCCAUGAGCGGAUGCACACUGGAGAGCGGCCCUACAUGUGCACCGUCUGCAGCAAGGCUCUGACAACAAAGCAUUCUCUUCUGGAGCAUAUGAGCCUACAUACAGGGCAGAAGGCUUUUACAUGUGAUCAGUGUGGGAAAUACUUCAGUCAAAAGAGACAGCUCAAGAGCCACUAUCGAGUACACACAGGCCAUUCACUGCCGGAAUGUAACCAGUGUCGUCGCAAAUUCAUGGAUGCUGCUCAGUUAAAGAAACAUCUAAGAACACAUACAGGUGAGAAACCCUUCACAUGUGAAAUUUGUGGCAAAUCUUUUACAGCUAAAAGUUCUCUUCAGACUCACAUUAGAAUUCACAGAGGAGAAAAGCCAUAUACGUGUGGUACAUGUGGAAAAUCCUUCUCUGAUUCCAGUGCUAAGAGAAGACAUUGCAUCUUGCACACAGGCAAAAAACCUUUCUCCUGCCCAGAAUGUAGUUUGCAGUUUGCUCGUCUGGACAACCUGAAGUGUCAUUUGAAAAUUCAUAGCAAGGAAAAGCAGUUUCAGGAAGCCAGUGCUGCACCGAGCACCAACACUAAUUCCGAAGAAGUACGAAACAUUCUUCAGCUGCAGCAGUAUCAACUUGCCGCCUCUGGAGGGCAGGAAAUUCAGCUCCUGGUUACAGAUGCAGUACAUAAUAUAAACUUCGUGCCAAGUCAUAACCAAGGCAUUAGUAUUGUUACUGCAGAAAAUGCCCCAAAUAUGACAGCAGAGCAGGCUGCAAACCUCACGCUGCUUGCUCAGCCACCACAGCAAUUGCAAAACUUGCUGCUGUCAGCUCAGCAGGAGCAAGCGCAACAAAUCCAAAGUAUCGAUACGAUUGCAAACCAAAUGGAGGCUGCCCAGCCUGAACAAAUGCAUGUCAUCCCUCUUUCCAAGGAAGCGCUAGAACAUCUCCAUGCUCAUCGAGGACAAGAUGAAGAAAUCCACUUACCAGGAUCUUCACAGCCCGCUCAGCCUGUGCAGUUGCCUCAGGAAUCGAGUCAACAGUCUCAUUCGAGCCAAGAUGCGGUUCCUACUCAUCAAAUCAGUGAGGAGCAGAAUCAAAGCGUACAUGUUUCUGAAUCCAACCAGCAAUCUCUGUCAGCAAACAAGUCAUCACAUCCUGUUCAAGGACAGGCUUUCUGA